AUGGAGGUGACACCCGCACCACCUGCUUAUGAGCAGGACAAGAUUGCUGAGAGGUAUGACCAGCCUCAAUUCGAAGAGGAAGGUCAGCUUAAGGGCGAGGUUCAUGAUGCCUUUGGUAACGAGGAGUACGCCGAAAUCAAGUACAAGACUUUGAAGUGGUGGCAAUGCGGUCUGCUCAUGAUCUGUGAGUCAGUGUCGCUGGGUGUGCUGUCGCUGCCCUCGGCUGUCGCUACCCUGGGUCUUGUCCCAGGUGUGAUCCUCAUUGUUGGCCUCGGUCUUCUCGCUACCUACACUGGCUACAAUAUCGGCCUAUUUCGUGAACGGUACCCUCACAUUCAGAACCUCGGUGACGCCGGUGAGAUUCUGCUGGGCAAGUUCGGCCGCGAACUCUUCGGUAUCGGUCAAUUCCUCUUCUGUAUCUUCGUCAUGGGCAGCCAUAUCCUCACUUUCCGCGUCAUGAUGAACACCAUUACCAACCACGGCGCCUGCUCCAUCGUGUUCUCUGUUGUCGGCAUGGUUCUCUCUCUCGCCCUCUCCAUCCCCCGUACCAUGAAGGGAAUGACCUGGAUCUCCUUCGCCUCCUUCCUUAGUAUCUUCUCCGCCGUUGUGAUCACCAUGAUCUCCGUGGGUGUUGAAAGCCACCCCGGCCGCAUCAUCCAGGCCACUGUCGAAAACGACCUCUACACAGCCUUCCAGGCCGUCUCGAACAUCGUCUUCGCCUACUGUGCUCAUGUCGCCUUCUUCGGUCUGAUCGCGGAGAUGGAGUCCCCUCAAGACUUUAAGAAGUCACUCUUCAUGCUCCAGAGCUUCGAAAUCUCCCUCUACCUCACUGCUGCCGUCGUCAUCUACUACUACAUCGGCACAGACGUGCACUCCCCAGCCCUGACCUCCGCUGGUCCCCUGAUGAGCAAGGUCGCCUACGGUAUCGCCAUCCCCACCAUCGUCGGCGCAGGUGUCGUCAACGGCCACAUCGGACUGAAGUACAUCUACUUCCGCCUCGGUGCCAAGUCCGGUUUGAUCCACCAGAACAACUGGCGCGCCAUCGGUCUCUGGAUCGGCCUGGGAGUCUCCUGCUGGGUCGUUGCCUGGAUCAUUGCCGAGGCUAUCCCCGUUUUCAGUGACCUGAACGGUCUUAUCAGUGCCCUCUUCGCUUCGUGGUUCUCUUACGGUCUGUCCGGUAUCUACUGGCUGCACCUGAACAAGGGUGCAUGGUUCUCUUCGCCUCGCAAGAUCGCGCUUACCAUUCUGAACGUCUUCAUUGCUCUGUUCGGUCUGAUUCUGUGUGUUCUUGGUCUCUAUGCUUCUGGUACUGCUAUCCACAAUGAUACCAGCAAUGCCAGUUUCACCUGUGCUAACACUGACACUUGA